GAAAUUUGCAAUUUGCAAGAACUUGAAGUUGAAGGGGCGCAGCUCGUCUAAGGCAGCUCACAUCCAUGGACAGUUCGUCCUCAGAUAGUGAACUUGAGGGGUUUACUGUUGCUCUGAUCAAAGGUCUGAUGAUAGAACGAGCGGCUGAGCUGAGAGGUGCAGCAUCAGAUGCACAAGCAAUGGAGGGGGUGAACGAAAUCAACGCAGCUGAAAAUGUGACAGAGGACGAGGAAGAUUUCGAGGAUUCUGAGGGUGAAGACGAGUAUGAAGAAGAUCAGGAAGAUGAAGAGGAGUGGGUCGAAGUUGAAUCAGGAUCAGAGGGACCCUGCACAGAGGAGGAGUACCGGGAGGAGCUUCUCUUUGCGCUUACAAAUGCUGAGAGGUCCGGCAGCUUCUGUGCUGAAGGAACACUGAAGAUGUUCAACCCUCCAGGGCUUGAGGUUGCCAGGCUGGGCCCCAUUGGCCUCCCCCUCACUGCCACACAAGCCAAGGAGCUAGCCAAAGUUUGUUCUCAGGCCCCGUUCGGACGCAGGGAGGCGACCGUGUAUGACACGUCCGUCCGCCGGUGCCUGCAGCUGUCUCCCGACCAGUUCCGUCUGCAGGGACCAGACUGGGCGGCCCAGCUUCAGCGCCUGGUCAACACCGAAAUCAAGCGUGGCCUGGGGGUUCCGGAGAAUCUGAAAGUCGUGCCCCAACUCUACAAGCUUCUUCUGUACGAGCCGGGGAGCUUCUUCACGCAGCAUCGGGACUCGGAGAAGGAGGACGGCAUGUUCGGGACUCUAUCCGUGGUAUUGCCGUCCGCGCACAAAGGAGGCGAGUUGAUAGUGCGCCACGCGGGCCGCGAGGACGUCCUCGACUUUGCGUCGCGGUGCAUGUACCACGUCCACUGGGCCGCAUUCUACGCCGACCGCGAGCACGAGAUCCUGCCCGUCAAGUCCGGCCACCGCCUGGUGCUGGUCUACAACCUGGUCGCGCAGGGGCCCGUGGGAGAACUAGAGCCGGCGGACAACCGGCAGGCGGUGAAGGACGCGCUGGCGGCGCUGCGUGCGUGGAGUGCUGAUGAGGACGGACCGUUUAAGCUGGUGAUUCCGCUGGAGCACCAGUACAGCAGCAGGAGCCUCUCGUUCAACGGACUCAAGGGGCCGGACAUUGCGACGGUGGACAUCCUAUGCCAGGCCGCCAAGAUUGCGGACCGGCCGCCGUUCCACUUCUUCCUGGGCAUGCUCAAGAUGUCGGAGUCUGGCCCGGAGGACUACGACGACGACGACUGGGACACCACGCUGGAGCUGACGGACAUCAUCGCGCCGUCCGGGGAAACCGUGCGCUACUCCAAGCUCGAGUGCGACGAGGACGAGCUGCUGCCGGAGGGCGCUCUGGACGACCAUGACUGGGACCACGAGCGGAGUAACGACACCGGGAACGAGGGCGUCACCGUUGAGCGCUGGUACCGCCACGCGGCGCUCAUCGUGUGGCCGCACUCCAAGCACUGGGAGGUGGCGUGCACCAGCAAUAUCGGGAAAGCAAUCAAGGAAGCGUCCGAGCUGGCGGCAACCGCCAAGCAGGUACGGGAGACCCUGGAGGCGACGCUGGGCGACAACGGGCGGCUGUCGCGCGGCGAGGCCGGGCUGGUAACGGAGCUCGUGUUCGAGCACGGCCAGGUGCACGUGCUCGCGGAGCUGCGGCGCGCGCUGCAAACAAUCUGCAAGUACGGGGGCAAGCUGACCCCAGCGCAGGCGCAGACGCUGACGAAGCUGCUGCUCAAGCACGGCGACGUGGACAUGGCCAGGACCCUGGUCAUUCACUGCCCGUCCCCGGCGGACGGCCUCGUGGUGCCGGCUCUGGCGUCCCGCUUCAGCUGGGCGGUCCUGCAGCCCGACAUCCUGGCUCUGCUCACCCGCAAGUGCGACACCGCCAGCCUGACCGACUGCCUCAAGCUGCUGCUGCGCAUCGCGCCCAAGCCACCCGAAAGCGACGCACCACCCCCCCAGGCUGGAGCCUCCGGUGAGGCGUCGGGGUAUGAGCCGUCAGCGUCGGAAGGAGAGUCUACUGUCGAAGCAGGGGGCGUGAAAACGGAAGAGAGGAGAGAGCGGGCGGUCGAGGGCCGGGGCUCGAGACCAGCAGCGAUCGUGCAGUUCGGUUUGGGGGUUGGCACGUCUGGCCGGGCCCUAUUAGAACCUGCAGCCGGGGCAAGAGAUGGAGUCAGCCAAGUGCUGGGGGGGACGGCGCAGGUCGAGGGCAACGGAAGGAGCGCGUCCACGGCGGAACCAAGUGGGAAUGUGACCGGAACGGCCGAGCCGGCGGAAUUCGUGCCGCCCCGGAAGCCGACCAAGGAUGAGCAGGCUCGAGAGGAGUUGUGCCGGAGCGCGAUAGCGAUCGUGGUGGACAAAGUUGUCACCAAAGCGUCCGGCACCAACAACUUUUAUCCAGGCUACUUCCCCAACUGCAGUCUCAACAGCCAAAGUAUGCCCCCUUUUGUGCGCCUGAUCGAACGUUUUGGCACGGAGCCGUUUGCCCCCGCGACGGACGCCCUCGUACGGAACAAGGUCGAGUCUUCGCUGCAGACGGCGGCCGAGCUGCUGUGGGACUUCGUCCGGGUGGGCCAUGCAAAACGGCCAAAGGGAUCCCCCCCGGAUCUGUCUCCCCCGGCCCUGGCUUUCUGCCGUCAAUUCGCCGCGGAAUUGGCGAGCAAGCUCAUCAAAGAAGCGGACCCACCGCCGGAGAAUCGGCUGUACCAAGUGGCGUAUGUCACCCCUCCUCGUAGCUCGGAGUUUGUCGCACUUUUCCUGAAGACGCUCCACUCUCUCCAAGUCGAUCAGGAGGUUAUGGAUCCGGUCGUUGCUCACCUGCUUGCGACUCCCAAUGCGCACCCCAUCGACCGUUGUCUCCUUCACGCCCUCAAAGAGCUCGUUGCGUGGUUUGGGGAAGGGCCAAUGAACGUUCAGUGGUUUGCGGAGCUGCUGGGGGGGUGUCUGGGAACGCUGGAGAGCGCCUGUGCUGAGCCGCCCCCCGAGCCGAGAAACUGGGCACUGCCAGCGACGUGGGGCUGCGUGUGCGAGUGUUGUCCUACACUGCUCGACUUCUGCCACGACCCAGAACGGACAAAAUGGACGUAUCCGAAGACCAGUGAUCAUACCCGGAACCACCUGAGGCAGAUCAUUGAAAGGAAUGGCUUGCCCGUGAAGGCAGUGGCUAAGGAGCCGGUUUCGGAGAUGUCGCCCCUUCUUCUCAUCAAGGAGGGAUCUGAAGGAAAGAGCCACGAGGCAGAGCUGGCGGUGCUGGCCACGAGAAUAGAGAAAUACGAAAAGGACAAGAAUGUCCUCGCUGAAUUGUCAGCCCUUCGGUUACAAGUCCAAGGUGAAGCAAAGUCCAAAGACGAUCAGACUAUACACCGUGCCUAGCUUGAAAUCAAAAGCUUGUGGCUACUAAUCAGACAAUACUGACAUUGAGAGUCCCGCUGGAUACAACCAGGGCGCGGUGACUUGAAAGGGAUGCACAGACUGCACAGACAAACCUCAACGGUCCGCACAUCAGCUAGGUUAUGUAGCUUGACUGAGGCAAUGCAUAAGACGCGCAAUGAACACUCCCGUUUCUCGCGGCAGCAAAUCUGCUCUUUCGGAUUGAAUCCGGUGGUGCACCCCCCCGGGCCCUGUUUCGGAUUGAAUCCGAUUGUGCACCCCCUCGCGG